AUGACAACCGAGACCCACGUCAAGGACAUCAAGCCAGGACUCAAGAAUCUCAACGUUAUCUUCAUCGUACUCGAAACAGGUGCUAACUCCUUAUUAACAGUAAUGUUUUAAAUAAUCAAUUAAUGAUGAACAGAAACAGAAUGUAUAUAAUUAUAUUGUAAUGCACUGUGGUGGAACAAAAUUAAUGUAAACUCUUACACACAAUAUAAUGGCACAACACAGAGGCUUGAUAGUCAGAGAAACAUCCUUCUUAUAUGCCACCAUGUAAACUAAUGAUAACAAUUCAUGUUGGUUUAUUUGAAUCAUGCCAGCUAUCAAAAAACGUAUCUGUGUUGAACUCUCCAUUUUCUCUUUCCCACAAAUUGAUAUUUACUCUCCUCAUAAUUGUCACGAUCGUCGAAAGGAGGAGACCAAAGCGCAGCGUGUUGAGCGAACAUCGUAGACUUUAUUAAUAAGAAACCACGAUCAAAAACAACAAACCAAAUAUGACGAAAGUGAAGUCCAAUACUGAUAUAGACUAACAGCAACAAGGAAACAAAAACCCACAAAACCAAGGUGAAACCACACAGUAUAAAUAUGGCUCCCAAUCAGAGAUAACGAGCCGACAGCUGACACUCGUUACCUCCGAUUGGGAGUCAUAUGACUAAUCAACAUAAAACCCAAACAUAGAAAUGAAACAACUAGAUCCCACAUAGAAAUACACCCAAAAGAAAAUGACAACCCUGGCUCACAACUAAGAGUCCCGGAGCCAGAACGUCACAGUACCCCCCCCUAAAGGCGCGGACUGCGACCGCGCCUCACAACCCCACAAUAGGGGAGGGCUGGGUGGGUGUUGCUCCCCGGAGGCGGUUCCGGCUCCGGGCUUGACCACCACCCCACUAUAGUUACUACCCGCUUUCUUAACCUCCUCCCAAUGACCACCCUCCACUUAAACCCACCUGGAUUAAUGGGCAGCACCGGACUAAGAGGCAGCACCAGGCUAAGGGACAGCACCGGACUAAGGGGCAGCACUGGACUAAGGGGCAGCACUGGACUAAGGGGCAGCACCUGACUAAAUGGCGGAUCCUGGCUGGCUGGCUCUGGCGGAUCCUGGCUGGACGGCUCUGGCGGAUCCUGGCUGGACGGCUCUGGCGGAUCCUGGCUGGACGGCUCAUGGCUGGCUGACGGAUCUGGCUGCUCAUGGCUGGCUGACGGAUCUGGCCGCUCAUGGCUGGCUGACGGAUCUGGCCACUCAUGGCUGGCGGAAGGCUCUGGCUGAUCCCGUCUGGCGGAAGGCUCUGGCUGCUCCUGUCUGGCGGAAGGCUCUGGCUGAUCCGGUCUGACGGAAGGCUCUGGCUGCUCCUGUCUGGCGGAAGGCUCUGGCUGAUCCUGUCUGGCGGAAGGCUCUGGCUGAUCCUGUCUGGCGGAAGGCUCUGGCUGAUCCUGUCUGGCGGAAGGCUCUGGCUGAUCCUGUCUGGCGGAAGGCUCUGGCUGAUCCUGUCUGGCGGAGAGCUCUAGCGGCUCCGGUCUGGCGGACGGCUCUGAAGGCUCAUGGCAGACGGGCGGCUUUGCAGGCUCAGUACAGACGGGCAGUUCAGACGGCGUUGGGCAGACGGACAGUUCAGACGGCGUUGGGCAGACGGGCAGUUCAGACGGCGUUGGGCAGACGGGCAGUUCAGACGGCGUUGGGCAGACGGGCAGUUCAGGCGCCGUUGGGCAGACGGGCAGUUCAGACGGCGUUGGGCAGACGGGCAGUUCAGACGGCGUUGGGCAGACGGGCAGUUCAGGCGCCGUUGGGCAGACGGGCAGUUCAGACGGCGUUGGGCAGACGGGCAGUUCAGACGGCGUUGGGCAGACGGGCAGUUCAGGCGCCGUUGGGCAGACGGGCAGUUCAGACGGCGUUGGGCAGACGGACAGUUCAGGCCCCGUUGGGCAGACGGCAGACUCUGGCCGUCUGAGGCGCACCGUAGGCCUGGUGCGUGGUGCCGGAACUGGAGGUACCGGGCUGAGGACACGCAUCUCAGGGCUAGUGCGGGGAGAAGCAACAGGGCAUGCUUGGCCCUGGGGACGCACCGUAGGCCUGAUGCGUGGUGCCGGAACUGGAGGUACCGGGCUGAGGACACGCAUCUCAGGGCUAGUGCGGGAAGCAGCAACAGGGCAUGCUUGGCCCUGGGGACGCACAUAAGGCCUAGUGCGGAGAGCAGCAACAGGGCAUGCUGGACCCUGGGGACGCACAUAAGGCCUAGUGCGGAGAGCAUGAACAGGCCGGGCUGGGCUGGCGACGCGCACCGUAUCCCUGGUGCGAGAGGCCGGAACAGGCCGGGCCGGGCUGGCGAAGCGCACCGUAUCCCUGGUGCGUGGAGUAGGAACAGGCCGGGCUGGGCUGGCGACGCGCACCGUAUCCCUGGUGCGAGUGGCCGGAACAGGCCGGGCCGGGCUGGCGAAGCGCACCGUAUCCCUGGUGCGUGGAGUAGGAACAGGCCGGGCUGAGCUGGCGACGCGCACCGUAUCCCUGGUGCGAGUGGCCGGAACAGGCCGGGCCGGGCUGGCGAAGCGCACCCUAUCCCUGGUGCGUGGAGCAGGAACAGGCCGGGCUGGGCUGGCGACGCGCACCGCAUCCCUGGUGCGAGUGGCCGGAACAGGCCGGGUCGGGCUGGCGUAGCACACCGUGGACCUGGUGCUUGGAGUAGGAACAGGCCGGUCCGUACCGGGAACACACACCACUGGCCUCAACCGAGGAUCAGGAACGGGCCGGACCGGACUGGCAACACACAUCAGUCCUUCACGCCGUGCCACAAACACUUCCCUCCCUCUACUCGCCAAUGGCUCCCGUACUCCGUUAGCCUUCUCUCCUUUUCUCCCUGUGGCAGCCUCCUGCUGCCCAGCCGCCCAAGCCAUGUGCCCCCCCAAAAAAACUUUUUGGGGUUGCCUCCCGUCCUUCCGACGAUGGCCCUGCCGAUGCCGUUGCUCCUCUCCUGCCAGGUUCUCCCCCUUCAUCGCCCUCCGGUACCGGACGGCCUCCUCCUGGGUAAUAUGUCCCCAGCCGAGGAGGACAUCCACCAACGUUCUCUCCUGACCCGGCGCCUCCUCCCAUGUCCAGACCCUUUGCUCCUGGACGCGCUGCUUGGUCCUUUUGUGGUGGGUUUUUCUGUCACGAUCGUCGAAAGGAGGAGACCAAAGCGCAGCGUGUUGAGCGAACAUCGUAGACUUUAUUAAUAAGAAACCACGAUCAAAAACAACAAACCAAAUAUGACGAAAGUGAAGUCCAAUACUGAUAUAGACUAACAGCAACAAGGAAACAAAAACCCACAAAACCAAGGUGAAACCACACAGUAUAAAUAUGGCUCCCAAUCAGAGAUAACGAGCCGACAGCUGACACUCGUUACCUCCGAUUGGGAGUCAUAUGACUAAUCAACAUAAAACCCAAACAUAGAAAUGAAACAACUAGAUCCCACAUAGAAAUACACCCAAAAGAAAAUGACAACCCUGGCUCACAACUAAGAGUCCCGGAGCCAGAACGUCACAAUAAUGGAUGUUUACUCUCCAACUUUCUCAUUAUCUCUCUCAGAACGAUCUUCUUGACCCUAAACAGUCAGGCUUCAAGACGGGUCACUCAACCGAAACCACUGUGUCACGGAGGCUCUCCGCACUGCCAAAACUCAGUUCUCAUCCUCCAAGAUCUAUCCGCUGCCUUCGACACCGUGAACCAUUAGAUCCUCCUCUCCACCCUCUCAAGGCUGGGCGUCUCAGGCUCUGCACACUCUUGGAUUGCAUCCUUCCUGGUAGGCCGCUUCUACCAGGUGACGUGGAGAGGAUAUGUGUCUGCACCAUGUGCUCUCACUACUGGUGUCCCCCAGGGCUCGGUUCUAGGCCCUGUCCUCUUUUCUCUCUACACUAAGUCACUUUGCUCUGUCAUAUCCUCACAUGGUCUCUCCUAUUAUUUCUAUGCGGAUGACACUCAACUACUUUUCUCAUUCCCCCCUUCUGACACCCAGGUGGCGACACGCAUCUCUGCAUGCCUGGCAGACAUCUCAGCUUUGAUGUUGGCCCACCACUUCAAGUUCAACCUCAACAGGGAAAGGCCUGCCCGCUCCAAGACCUCUCCAUCACGGUCGACAACUCCACUGUGUCCCCCUCCCAGAGUGCAAAGAACCUUGGCGUGACCCUGGAUAACACCCUAUCAUUCUCUGCAAACAUCAAAGCAGUGACUCGCUCCUACAAAUUCAUACUCUACAACAUCCGUAGAGUACGAUCUUUCCUCACACAGGAAGUGGCACAGGUCCUAAUCCAGGCACUUGUAAUCUCCCGUCUGGACUACUUCAACUCUCUGUUGGCUGGGAUCCCGCUUGAGCCAUCAAACUCCUGCAACUUAUCCAAAAAGCUGCAGCCCGCCUGAAGUUCAACAUUCCCAAGUUCUCCCAUGUCACCCCGCUCCUCCGCAUAUUCCACUGGCUUCCAGUCGACGCUCGCAUCCACUACAAGACCAUGGUGCUUGCCUACCGAGCAGCAAGUGGAACUGCCCCUCCCUAGCUUCAGGCUAUGCUCAAACCCUACAUCCCAACCCAAGCACUCCAUUUGGCCACCUACUAGCACUAACUUUGCUGAUAACUUCUUUAUUGAGUACAAAUGUACUUACUACAACUGUGAGAUGUGGUUGUCUCACCUAGCUAUCAGAAGAUGAAUGCACUAAUUGUAAGUCAUUCUGGAUAAGAGUGUCUGCUAAAUGACAAAAAAUUAUGAGAUAUUUGACACUAUCCUUGUACAACUAGCUUGUAAACCAAUCAAAGGCCACUCUGAUUAUUUGUCCCUCUUACCCCCUCACAUAGGACGAGUGACAAAGACAAAGGAUGGGCAUGAGGUGCGGACCUGUAAGGUGGCAGACAAGACAGGCAGCAUCAGCAUCUCAGUUUGGGAUGAGGUGGGCGGACUGAUCCAAACCGGUGACAUCAUCAGACUCACUAAGGGGUGAGUCAUUUAUUGAGUCACGUCACAGUCAAGUCAACACCUCACUGUAUGGACAGAGCUCCAAACCUACAGCUAAGUAUAAAAUUGAUACAGAAAUCAAAAAGGACCACCCAGUCAUAAUUUCUAUCUACCAGCAUGAACUUACAUUCGGAUGAAUACAUACCAUACGUUAUUAAUAGUCUGCAAUCUUGGAUCACCUUUAAAAUCCUGGGGGAAAUGUAUUUUGUAUUGAAAUUAAUGCCUUUUUUUUUCACCAGAUAUGCGUCUGUGUUCAAAGGUUGCCUGACUCUGUACACAGGUAGAGGUGGAGAGCUGUCGAAGAUUGGAGAGUAAGUUCUGUAGAUGCUCUGUGUUUAAUAACAUUUCAUGCUACAUAUACGAAAAGGAGGAGCAGCAAUGUAAAUGUUGCUGAGAGAUGCAUCUAAUGUCAUAAUUUACUGGUCUGAACUAAUGCCCACUUAACAUUUUGUUCAGGUUCUGCAUGGUGUACUCAGAGGUGCCAAACUUCAGUGAGCCUAACCCAGAGUACUCUAACAUGGACCAGACGAAAAACAAGACGGUAAGGGGUGUUUUGAACUUAGGGAUGUCAGUGUGUAAGCAUGUCACUACAGAAUGUUUUACGGAAGGAAAGGGGAGAAAAAAUAUUUUAAAGAACGUUCACCUACGAAUUUAUUUCAAUGUUUCAAGUACCUUUUUCUUGUACUGUGUGUGUGAACAGAUUAUUUAUUUCCCAGGUACUCAGUGACCAAGGAAACCUACUGAACAACAACAAUAACAGCUCAUCUGGAGGCUUAGCUGGUAAGACCACUAUCAGAGACCAACAAAGAAUUUAGAGUUAUGACGUCAAAUGGAACCAUUUCGGCAAUGGACUUUGUUAGUGUUUAUUUUUUUUUACCUCUGCUGCUUAAAGGUGAUUCAUGUAAAAAUUCCACCUGGAAGUCUACCUAAAUGUCAAUGACAUGUCUGUAGCAGUAAACUAAAGGAAUACAAUUCCAUGAAAUAACUAUAUAAUUUCUGAUAGCUGUUUUAAGAUGUAAAGUUGCUUCUUUUACCUGUGAGUGGCUGAUUCAGCCACCUUCAGUGUAUACAAGCAGCAGUGUAUUUAUUUCCAGCAAUUGGUUAAUUGUGAACACUAUAACACUUCACUUUUCCCUUCUAUCACUUUUUUAUGAAGAUUUAUAAAUGAAGCAUGCCAAUUUCUUAUUCUAGGAAAUGAAGCUACCAGUGGGAACGGUGUAAAUUCUCAAGGUUCCAGGAGCUCGACUAAUCCUCAACAGGGAGGGCGGGCUGGCAGUGGUGUAGGCAGCAGAGCAGCCAAUCCAGGAGCAGGAGAGACAGCUGUCAGCAAUGGAAAGGAGACCAGACGUUCAGUGAAAAGAUGA